AUGGGCAGCAUUCGCAGCCGUCAGGGAAGCUUUGCUGCGGACCAAAUGACGGACCAUGAUCUUCGUGCCUUUCUGUUCGACUCGACAGUCCUUCCAGCGCUCUGUUCGCACGGGAGACACUGGAUGAGUCUAGAAGCUACUUCUAAACUCCUGAACGAGCCCUUGAGAGAUGUCUCAUUGAAGUUUAACCGGCGCACACAACACCUUACCGGUCUUCGUAGCUCCGACUUAAGAGGAAUGUCCGUCUUCGCGAACCUGCGGAAUAUGUAUCGAAAGCAAAACAUAGAUGGGCCGGUCACAUCAUGA